UACCGCGCUCGGUGUCCCCGCGCCGUGAGUGGCUCCGCGAGCGCUUCGCUGUCGGUUCCGCCGAAACCCGGAACCACGGAGGGCGGCGCAGGGACCCGGGCGGCGCAUUGUGAGUGAGGACCGGAAGUGAGCGGGGGAGACCGGAAGUGAGGUCUGGGGCUGUAACGGCGGCGCGGUGCUCGGUGCGCGCGGCGAGGCCCGGGGACUACGGCCCCGGCGCACCAUGGCCCGCGGGCGGUCCCGGAAGCGGUCCCGGAGCAGCAGCAGCCGCAGCCCCUCUGGGAGCGGACGGGAGAAGCGCGGCGUGAGGAGCGGUGCGGCCUCCCCGGGUCCCCGGCACCGGCCGAGCUCUGCGGCCGCCAGGGAAGGAAGGAAGAAGGAGGGUAGGAAGAAAAAAAAGAGGAAGGCAAAUGCUUCGUCCUCUGACAGUUCGUCGUCCUCCUGCUCCUCAUCCUCCUCCUCCACCUCCUCCAGUGACAGUGACACCAGAGCGAAGCGGCACGGCAAAAGGAAGCGAGGGAAACACAAAGACAAGAAGAAGAAGAAGAAGAAGAUAAAGAAGAAAUUGAAGAAGUCAAAAGAAAGAGUUAAGGAGGACAGAGGUGUGAGUGAGGCACUGCCCGGCCCUUCACUGGAGCUGUGGCAGAAGGAGCUACAGGUCGACCCCGGGCCAGUUUUGACAGAUGAGCAGAAGUCCCGAAUCCAGGCUAUGAAGCCAAUGACAAAGGAGGAAUGGGACGCGAGGCAGAGCGUUAUCAGAAGAGUGGUGGAUCCUGAAACAGGGAGAACCAGGCUUAUUAAGGGAGAUGGAGAAGUGCUGGAGGAAAUCGUCAGCAAGGAGAGACACAAGGAGAUUAACAAGGUACUGGGGCUGAUGGUUGGGUUGUUUUGCUCCUCAAGGGGGCCCCACCAGGGCAAAGAGUCCUGGCAGCCCCACGGAAGCCCCAGCCAGUGAGUGCUGUGGUCUACUGUCCCGGUAAAGGCUGUGCUCUGAGUGCCAUCUCUCCUGUUCCAGCAAGCCACCCGUGGGGAUGGGCUGGCCUUCCAGGUGAGGACGGGGAUGCUGCAGUGAGCCUGUGCUGUAGCUGUGCUGGAGACUUGUCCUGCUGCGGGCACAGCCCUGGCACACUGAUGAGCUGGACCUGCAGGCAGCACUGCAUCGGUAUGCUUCCCUGGGGCAGUGCCAUUCAGUCUGUAAGUUACUGCCUGGGAAGGAGAAAGACCUUAAUGGUUCAUCUCCCAUUAAACAGCUUCUCUCCUUCCUCUCAUAACUGGGGCCAGCAUGGCUGUAAUGCUGCUUGCCCUUGUGACCCUUUUAAGGCCUGAGGAGCUCAGCAGCACAGAGAUGCUGAUGCCUUAUCUCUGGGCUUUUGUUGGCAGGAGCUGGCACAGGGUCUGCAGCAGGGCUGCAACACUGACAGCUGCGUCUUCCCUUCAGGGGCUGCUUUCGGUCCCUUUUGUGCUGCUCUGUCUGCCCCACACGCUGAGAACCUGGGGACAGGGGUUUUGCUCACCCAUUGUGUGGAGAGGAACCUUUGCCUCGCUCUCUUCCUGCCCUUUCCUGCAGUGUGGCAGCAAUGCUGUCAGCAGCUUGGGGGCCCACACCCACAGUAACACAAAUGCCUGUUGUUUUCCCCCACUGCAAAGUUCAUACAUCUACGAACUUUAAAAUAAUAAAAUAAAAGUGGUUAUAGGACAAAUGAGUGACGCAGGACUGCUCUGCACAGAUUUCCAUGCUCUGUUUGUUGCUCUAACCCCCAUUAAAGUGGCGCUUGCUCA